AUGAGGUGGCGGCAGGCACCGAGGGAGCAGAUAAACGAAGAGGGAGCUGGGGAUGGAGACAGUCUGUUGGUCUGGGAACGAGGGAAGAGCUCUGAGCUGUUGCUAUGGGAGAGGAGGAUGAUGAUGGUCGGCUGUGCCAGCAGGCGUGGGCGGGAGGCGACGCCGGGAAUGAGGGAGCGUGUCGGCAGCACGGGGGGCUCUGGGACCAACACAACUGCCGGUUAUGUAAGGGCGGCGUUUGGGUUUUUAAUGAAGCUCCCCUCCUGCGUGCUGGCGCUGGGCUGUUAUAGUUGGCAGGGCAAGAGCAGCACAAACACGCAGAGACCGUCUGCGGCCGCGCUCGGACCCCCGCCUCUAGCUGUCAGCAUGACGCCUUCCCCGCCGCUUUUCCUGCUACUGCUCGGCCUCGUGGGAGCCCAGACCACCUUAGACCUCCGCACAGCCGCCGCCAUGGCGGCAGGUCUGUGCAAGACCCGCCCCACAGACCUGGUCUUCAUCAUAGACAGCAGCCGUAGUGUGCGGCCCUCGGAGUUCGAGCAAGUAAAAGUGUUUCUGGCCAAAGUCAUCGAGGGGCUGGAUGUUGGACCCAACGCCACCCGCGUGGGCGUCGUCAACUACGCCAGCCGCGUGAAGAACGAGGUGUCCCUGAAGACCCACCGCACCAAAGCCGGGCUGGUCAGAGCCGUGACCAAAAUCGAGCCCCUGUCCACCGGGACGAUGACCGGCCUCGCCAUCCAGUUCGCCCUGAACGUCGCCUUCAGCGAGGCCGAAGGCGCCCGGGCCAAAUCCCCCGACAUCAGCAAGGUGGCCAUUGUUGUGACCGACGGGCGUCCCCAGGACAACGUGAAGGACGUGGCUCUGCGGGCCCGGGACGCCGGCAUCGAGAUUUUUGCCAUCGGAGUGGGACGCGUUGACAUGAGCACCCUGAAGCAGAUGGCCAGCGAUCCCCUGGACGAUCACGUGGACUACGUUGAGAGCUACAAAGUCAUCGAGAAGCUCACCAAGAAGUUCCAGGAGGCCUUCUGUGUGUCGGACCUGUGUGCCACCGGGGAUCACGACUGUGAGCAGGUAUGCAUCAGCACCCCGGGAUCUUACAAGUGUGCCUGCAAAGACGGCUUUACCCUCAUGGAUGACGCUCGCAGCUGCAGUGCACCGUGCAGCAACGCUGCGACGGACGUCGUGUUUGUAAUCGACGGCUCCAAGAGCGUCCGACCCGAGAACUUCGAGCUGGUGAAGAAGUGGAUCAACCAGAUCAUCGACAAGCUGGACGUGUCCGAAAACAAAGCCCACGUUGGGCUCGUGCAGUACUCGAGCUCCGUCAAACAGGAGUUCCCCUUGGGUCGGUACAACAACAAGAAAGACCUCAAAGAAGCCGUGAGGAAGAUGGCCUACAUGGAGAGGGGAACCAUGACCGGACAGGCCCUCCGUUUUCUGGUAGACAACAGCUUCGCUAUCGGUCAGGGAGCCCGGCCCGGAGUCACCAAGGUGGGCAUCGUCUUCACAGACGGACGCAGCCAGGAUUAUAUCGGAGAGGCAGCUAAGAAGGCGAAGGACAGCGGUUUUAAGAUGUAUGCUGUUGGAGUCGGUAAUGCUGUUGAGAACGAACUGAAAGAGAUCGCCUCUGAGCCAACCGGAGAGCACUACUUCUACACUGCUGACUUCAAGGCCAUGACCCACAUUGCCAAGAAGCUGCAGAUUAACAUCUGUAAAGAUGACCCCUGUGAAUGUGACUCCCUUGUAAAGUUCCAGGAGAAAGUGGAUGCUGCCCUUCAGGCACUAACGAAGAAAAUCGAGAGUAUGUCCAAGAGGAUCGCCUUGUUGGAGAACAAAAUCGUUUGA